UUCUCCAGGAUCGAAGAAAGAAAGAAAUGUAGAAAUGAGACUAGUGAGCAAAAAUUUCACUGUCCCAUGUGAAAUUUCGAAUCCAACGUAUUGCUGUUGUUUUCCUCGUCUUCAUUAUAGUAUCCUGACAGAGCCAUCAAUAUCAUGCCGUCCCGUGUUGAGCCGAGUUCAGACAAACCCAUCUCCCAGUGUCCAAGUCACUUCUAUCGCUGUAGGCCCAAACAAUGUUUUUCACCGGCUGGAUGCCAGCAGCAAUGAUUACUCUCCCGUUGAAGCGAUCGCUGUAGGCCUAGACGAUGUUUUUCACCGGCUGAACGCCAGCAGCAAUGAUUACUCUCUCGUCGAAGCGUUUUGCUACAUCCUUGAGCUCUGCGGAAAAACGAGAGCGCCUCUCUCUCUAGGUCGCCAGCUUCAUUCGCUCAUCUUCAAGACGUCUCUUGCAGUUGAAUCAGAUUUCCUGGCCGGUAAGCUUGUCUUCAUGUACGGCAAGUGUGGGUCUUUGGCUGAUGCAGAGAAAGUGUUUGACGAAAUGCGCCACAAAACGGCCUUUGCCUGGAAUGCGAUGAUAGGAGUGUAUGUUUCGAAUGGUAAGCCUGCUUCAGCACUCUCUGUCUACCGGAUAAUGCGUGCUGAGGGCAUCCCUGUCCAUCUCCACUCUUUCCCUGCUUUGCUUAAAGCCUGCGGCAUACUUAGAGAUAUCCAGACUGGGACUGAGAUUCAUUGUCUUGUCGUUAAACUUCACCAUCUAUCAACAACACCUUUUAUUGUCAAUGCUUUGCUUUCCAUGUAUGCUAAGAAUGAUGACCUAAACGCAGCAAGGCGUCUCUUUGACGGAUCGAAAGAAAAAGGAGACGUUGUUCUUUGGAAUUCUAUCAUGUCUUCAUAUUCCACCUCUGGUAAAUCUUCCGAGACUUUAGAAUUAUUCAGAGAAAUGCAGAUGAAUGGUCCUGCCUCCAACAGCUACAGUAUUGUUUCGGCUCUCACAGCGUGUGAAGGCUUGUCACAUGAAAAGCUAGGGAAAGAGGUUCACGCUGCUGUCCUGAAAUCAAAUCACUUUUGUCAAGUAUAUGUAUGCAACGCCUUGAUUGCAAUGUAUUCAAGGUGUGGUAAAAUGCUUGAGGCAGCAAGGAUCCUUCGUCACAUGGACAACAAUGACCUAGUGUCAUGGAAUUCUCUGAUUAAGGGCUAUGUACAGAAUUUCAUGUACAAGGAGGCCUUUGAGUUCUUUUGUGAUAUGAUCGCUUCUGGCCACAUACCCGACGAGGUUUCAUUGACCAGUGUCAUUGCAGCGUCAGGAAGAUUGAGCAAUCUGUUGGUAGGAAUGGAAUUGCAUGCUUACGUCAUUAAACAUGGCUGGGAUUCUAAUUUGCAGGUUGGGAACACGUUGAUAGAUAUGUAUUCAAAGUGCAACCUCACAAGUUAUAUGGGUCGUGCGUUUCUUGCGAUGCAUAAUAAAGAUCUGAUUUCGUGGACUACGGUCAUUGCUGGUUAUGCUCAGAAUGAUUGUCAUAGAGAGGCCUUAGAAAUCUUCAGGGAAGCGGCUGAGAAAGUGAUGGAGAUUGAUGAAAUGAUGUUGGGAAGCAUCCUUCGAGCUUGUACUGUGCUAAAAUCCAUGAUUAUUGUCAAAGAAAUUCACUGUCACAUCUUGAGAAAAGGUUUACUGGAUACUGUGAUACAGAAUGAGUUGGUAGAUGUUUAUGGAAAAUGCAGGAACAUGGGCUAUGCUUCUCGAGUAUUUGAAUCAAUGAAAGGUAAAGAUGUUGUCUCUUGGACAAGCAUGAUUUCGUCUAGUGCUUAUAACGGUAACGGAAACGAGGCUGUUGAACUCUUUCGACGCAUGAUUGAAACUGGUUUGGUGGUUGAUUCUAUAGCAUUGUUGAGUAUACUGUCCGCUGCAGCAAGUUUAUCUGUCCUCAAGAGAGGGAGAGAAAUUCAUGGCUUCUUACUCCGUAAGGGUUUUUGCCUAGAGGGGUCAAUUGCAGUUGCAGUUGUUGACAUGUAUGCAUGCUGUGGAGAUUUACAGAGUGCAAUUGCUGUAUUCGAUCGGAUAGAAGGGAAAGGUUUACUGCAAUACACAAGUAUGAUCAAUGCAUACGGAAUGCACGGCUGUGGAAAAUCUGUUGAGUUGUUCAAUAAAAUGAGGCAUGAAAACAUCUCGCCUGACCACAUUUCAUUUCUGGCACUGCUUUAUGCCUGCCGCCAUGCAGGUCUGCUUGACGAGGGUAAAGGGUUUCUCAAGAUCAUGGAACAUGAAUAUAAAUUGGAACCAUGGCCUGAACACUACGUGUGUCUGGUUGACAUGCUGGGCCGUGCAAAUUGUGUAUUUGAAGCCUAUGAAUUCGUUCAAAUGAUGAAGACAGAACCGACAACAGAAGUGUGGUGUGCACUCCUUGCGGCAUGUCGUUCUCACUCAGAGAGAGAAAUUGGAGAGAUAGCAGCUCAGAGGCUCCUUGAGCUUGAACCUAAGAAUCCAGGAAAUCUUGUGCUUGUAUCUAAUGUCUUUGCUGAACAGGAAAGAUGGAAAGAUGUUGCAAACGUGAGGACAAAAAUGAGAGCAAGCGGACUGGAGAAACACCCUGGAUGCAGUUGGAUUGAGAUUGAUGGCAAGGUUCAUAGUUUUUCAGCAAGAGACAAGUCUCACCCAGAGACCAAAGAGAUAUAUGAGAAAUUGUCCGAGGUUGCUAGAAAGUUGGAGAGUGAAGCUAUAUUUAUAUACAAUCUUCAUAUGAUAUAA